UGUUUAUGUUGCUUGAUUUGGUCUGUUUUUUGAAUAGUUUAAUGCCAAGAAGGAUUCAUCAACAUUCAACUGGACCAGAUGUUGGCUGACGAUUCCAUCAAUCUCUCUGUCGACAAAUCAUGUGAUUGAAAACACGCCCACCCACAAACAAAUUCCCAUUCCUAUGAAUCAAUCAAGAAAUUCUCCGGUGAUUCGCUCCGCCCCCGGGCAAGUUUGGAAUCAGAGUUCUAGUUCCACUUCCAAUUCUGGUUCCAUCUAUGGCUUCCGCAGGGAUCAUCAGCCUAUCGAACAGAAAAAGACCUCCUUUUUUGGCUUAAUAGUUAGGGUUUUGACAUGUAAAGGGGAUAUAGCUCAUGUGGAUGAAGGUCAUCCUCAACCUGCUACAGUCCCAUAUUCAAACCCUGCUUCUUUGAAAAGCAGCAAAAAACACGACUCUGCUUCCUCUACGCCUUCCGUGGCCUCUAAUGGACAGCAGGGCUCAAAUGGGUUAUCCUUUGAAGAUAUUCGUAAGGCGACUGGAGAUUUCUCUACCUCAAAUAUAAUCGGGGAAGGAGGAUUUGGUACUGUUUAUAAGGGAACACUGAAAAAUGGAUCCAUCAUUGCUAUAAAGCGUGUGAAAAAGGAAACUUAUGACAGAGGGACACCAGUGGAGUUCAAAAAUGAGAUCCUAACAUUUUCAAAGAUUGAGCAUCUGAAUCUGGUUAGAUUCUACGGAUACAUAGAACAUGGAGAUGAGCGUAUUAUUCUGGUAGAAUAUGUUUCAAACGGAACCCUUCGUGACCAUUUAGAUGGUAAAUGUGGAAGCGGGCUUGAAACCGGGGAGCGUCUAGACAUUAUGAUUGAUGUAGCUCAUGCAAUCACAUAUUUACAUACAUAUACAGAUCUCCCCAUAAUCCACAGAGACAUAAAAUCGUCUAAUAUACUGAUCACUGAUAAACUUCGUGCGAAAGUGGCUGAUUUUGGAUUUGCGCGCAUAAGGGUUGAAGAUCCAACCGCCACUCACAUUUCUACUCAAGUCAAAGGAACCGCAGGCUACUUAGAUCCUGAAUACCUCAGUACGUACCAACUUACCGAUAGGAGUGAUGUUUACUCCUUUGGGGUUUUGCUUGUGGAGCUCGUAACAGGAAGACUACCAAUCGAGUUAAGUAAAGCUCCCAACGAGAGAUUAACGACAAAAUGGGCAAUGCAGAGACUCAAAGGAGGGGAGGUGGUGCUGGCGAUGGAUCCAAAGCUAAGGAGGAAUCCGGCGUCAAUGAUGGUGGUUGAGAAGGUGCUGAGACUCGCGCGACAAUGCUUGGCCCCCACAAGACAAUUGAGACCGUCGAUGAAGAGAUGUGCGGAGAUCUUGUGGAGAAUCAGAAAGGAUUUUCAUGAGCAUAAGGAUGUUAUGGCAGCUGCAAUCCAUUCUGUACAGGUACCUCAGAUGGAUGCCAGAAAGAACCGCCGUGAAUUCUUCGGUAUCGAAGACAGCAACAACCAAAGAUUUCAAUCUGCGUAGAAAUUGUAUAAAAAAGGUCCCUUUUUGUAUGUAGAGAAUUUAUUCAACUGUUCAUUUGUGUUUUCAUUACAACGUUGUUGUUUUCCAGUUUUACACAUGAAAACUAAUAAGACCCCCUAAGAGAAGAUGUAAGCAUACUGUUUUUUUGUAAUUUGGUUGAUUAUAACGGAAAUUUGUGAUGGGUGUUGUUGC